CCGCAGCGCGGCGGCCGGCGGUAACGCACCGAGUCGGGGAGGAGGAGGAGGAGGAGGCGGCCCCAAAUGGUGGCGGGGUCCUCGGCCGCCUUUUAACCGCCGAACCGCGGCCUGCCCAUCCAGCCGGCUGGAGUCGGGUGAAAUAUGCGAGACCUAACAGCACAAGUAACUAGCAGUCUGCUGCAGUUCCCAGAAGUAACUAUACAAGCACUUGGGGAAGAUGAGAUAAUCUUAGAAUCUGUACUUCGGGGAAAGUUUACUGCAGGGAGAAAUGGAUUGGCUUGCUUGACAUGUGGUCCCCAGCUUGAAGUAGUCAACUCUGUCACAGGAGAACGGUUGUCUGCCUAUCGAUUCAGUGGAGUAAAUGAACAGCCCCCCACUGUCCUUGCAGUGAAAGAAUUCUCUUGGCAGAAAAGAACUGGACUGUUAAUUGGAUUGGAAGAAGCAGAAGGGAGUGUACUCUGUCUCUAUGACCUUGGAAUAUCAAGAGUAGUUAAAGCGGUCGUUCUUCCCGGAAGGGUAACCGCCAUUGAACCCAUAAUUAAUCAUGGAGGAGCCAGCGCAAGUACUCAGCAUUUGCAUCAAAGUCUUCGAUGGCUUUUUGGAGUGGCUGCUGUGGUUACUGAUGUUGGGCAAGUUCUUCUCAUUGACUUGUGUUUGGAUGACUUGUCGUGUAGUCAAAAUGAAAUAGAGGCAUCAGAUCUAGAAGUUAUUACUGGAAUUCCAGCUGAAGUGCCACAGAUAAGAGAAAAUGUGACUCAAGAAGGAAGACAUCUGUGUUUCCAGUUAUUAAGCCCAUCAGGGACACCAAUUUCAACUCUUAGUUAUAUAAGCAGAACAAAUCAACUUGCUGCAGGUUUUUCUGAUGGCUAUCUAUCAUUAUGGAAUAUGAAAACCUUGAAAAGGGAAUAUCAUUCCCAACUAGAAGGAGGUAGAAUUCCCAUAUAUGCGGUUACUUUUCAAGAGCCUGAAAAUGAUCCUCGCAAUUGCUGUUACUUGUGGGCUGUUCAGUCCACACAGGAAAGUGAAGGAGAUGUUGUGAGUUUACAUCUGCUCCAACUGGCCUUUGGCGAUAGAAAGUGUUUGGCAUCAGGACAAAUCUUGUAUGAGGGGCUAGAGUACUGUGAAGAAAGGUACAGUCUUGACCUCACAGGUGGUGUGUUUCCUUUAAGGGGCCAAUCUAGCAAUACCAAAUUAUUGGGAUGUCAGAGUAUAGAGAAAUUUCGAAGCCACGGUGACCGGGAGGAUGGUAUGAAUGAAGUCUUAUCUCCAGACACAAGUGUUUCAGUUUUUAGCUGGCAGGUGAAUACAUAUGGGCAGGGAAAACCACUGACAUACUUGGGUCUGUUUGAUAUAAAUCGUUGGUAUCAUGCACAAAUGCCAGAUUCAUUAAGACCAGGAGAGUUUCUCCAUAAUUGCUCAUAUUUUGCCCUGUGGUCAUUGGAUGCUGUAGUGAGUAGAACAUCUCCACAUCACAUCUUGGAUAUCUUGGUACAUGAACGAAGUUUGAGUCGUGGAGUUCCUCCUUCCUACCCACCUCCUGAGCAGUUUUUUAAUCCCAGUUCUUACAACUUUGAUGCCACUUGCUUGUUAAAUUCAGGAGUGGUUCACCUGACUUGCACUGGUUUUCAGAAAGAGACCCUGACUUUUUUAAAGAAAUCAGGACCAUCUCUAAAUGAAGCAAUUCCUGAUGGUUAUAACAGGUGUCUUGUGGCUGGCCUUCUUUCACCAAGACUGGCAGAUGUGCAGCCUUCUAGUCUGAGUCAGGAAGAACAGUUAGAAGCUGUGUUGUCAGCAGCUGUUCAAACAAGUUCUUUGGGGCUCUUAACUGGGUGCAUCAAACGGUGGACCACUGAAGAUCAACCAAGUUCUGCUGCUAACUUGCGUUUUAUUCUCGAGUGGACAUGGAAUAAAGUGGUUUACACAAAAGAGGAGUUUGAUCAAAUAUGUGUUCCACUUUUUGAUGGCUCUUGUAAUUUUAUCGAUCCACAAACUAUACAGUCUCUUCAACACUGUCAGUUGCUUCUUAGCAAUCUAAGCACCGUCUUAAACUGCUUUUUAACAGAGGCACAAGAGCUUACAGAGAGAGGCCUGGUGGACUUAAGCAAUAAGCAGGUGGUAACCAAUCUCAUCUCUCAGUACGCCCAAGUAGUUCUUUGGUUCUGUCGUUCUGGCCUCUUACCAGAAGGUUUAGAUGAUGCCAUGCAGUUAUCAAGAUUAUGCUACAACUACCCAGUAAUACAGAGUUACUACACAGGCCGUCGGCAGAAACUUGAGCGCUUAUCACGGGGGAAGUGGAGCUCUGACUGCCUGAUGAUUGAUGGAAUGCUUUCCCAGUUAGGGGAUCGGGUUGAGAAAUUAUGGAGACGAGAUGAAGGUGGCACGGGGAAAUAUCCUCCUUCUAGUCUACAUGCACUUCUUGACCUUUAUCUGCAGGAAAAUAUUGAUGAAACCAACAAACAUGCUAUUACUAUUUAUUUGCUGCUAGAUAUCAUGUAUUCCUUUCCAAGUAAAACAGAUACUUCAAUUGAAUCUUUUCCAACUGCUUUUGCUGUGCCGUGGGGCUUAGUUAAACUAAUUCAAGGUUUCUGGCUUAUUGACCAUAAUGACUAUGAGAGUGCUUUGGAUCUUUUAUUUCAUCCAGCCACAAUGAAGUCUAUGUCCUGGCAGCAUACUAAGAUUGUUCAAGCCUUCAUGUGUCAAGGCGAGCACAGGCGAGCCCUCAGAUACAUUCAGACAAUGAAACCGUCAGUUUCGAGCAUCAGUGAGGUUACACUUUACCUCACUGUUUUGCUGUAUAAUAGGUGUAUGAUUGAGGCAUGGAGUCUGCUGCGGCAACAUUCAAAUAGGCUGAAUUUAGAGGAAUUGCUUAAGCACUUGUAUGAAACCUGCCAGGAGAUGGGUCUAAUGGAAGAUUUGCUGAAGUUACCCUUCACAGACACUGAACAAGAAUGCCUAGUGAAAUUUUUGCAGUCCAGUGCUGGUGUUCAGAAUCAUGAAUUCCUUUUAGUUCACCAUCUACAGCGGGCUAAUUACAUCCCUGCUUUGCAACUGAAUCAGUCCUUGAAGGUUAAUCUUAUGAACGAUCGAGAUCCUCAAUUACGGGAGAGAUCAGUUGCUAGAAAUUCCAUACUAGACCAGUAUGGGAAAAUUCUGCCAAGGGUACAACGAAAGUUAGCCAUGGAAAGGGCUAAGCCCUACCAGGUGCCAUCAUCAAUUUUACGGGAAGUUUCAAGGCCAAAGCCCUUAUCCACAGUUGCAAAGCAGACUACAUCAGGGACUGUUCUAACAAGAGCAGCUUUCAUCAGUAAUGUAUUAUCUAAAAUUGGAGAGGUGUGGGUAGGGAAUGAACAUAAAAAUCACUUCUCCCCAUACCGUAGUCCUAAAAAUGAAGCGUCAUCUCCCAUAGCGCACUCUAUCCCAGGAUUGGAGUUACCCGAUGCAUUUGUUGGAACACCAAUUACCAAUGCAUCCCAAAAAAUUUCCAGAUUGCUGGAUUUGGUUGUGCGUCCUGUUCCUCAGCCCUUGCAAAGGUUGGAGUUCAAUCCCCAGACUCCAUCUAGCUCUUUGUACAUAACAUCAAGCCCAUUGUCAUCGACUUCACAGCACAGAGAAUCACCCAAAAAUGUUGCAAGGGCAACUGAGUUAAAUUUACUUGAGACUCCUCUUGUGGUAAAGAGAGCUAAGGCUCUGGUGACAUCUGAUAAUGCUUCUGGGUUUCCUGAGUUACCCCUUCAGUCUAUCCUGAGGUCUGGCCUCCGUACUGCCCCUACAGUAUCUCCUUCAGCCUCACCUGGCAGAUCCAUUACUCCUCCUGUAAGAGCAAAAGAAACAAAAAUAUCAUUCAUGGAAGAAGGUGUUACCAAAGAUUGGACUCACAGAGUUGCAGAAGACAGUAAAGGAAAGGAAUUUGAAAACUUGCCCGUGCAUAAAUUUGGAGUUCAAACAGAUGACAUGUGGACGAAGAGCAGAGAUAAGUGUGCAGCCUUUGCCACUUGUAGCCCUGAAGAAGAUCCUGCAGAAAUGAGUCGUCUGUCCCAGGGCACAACCUCUAGAAGCUCAGAGAAAAUUGAAGACUACAAAGAAACUAGCAAUGUUUCCACCAGAUCGGACCAGACAACGCUGGAAUACCAGGAUGCCCCGUUGCCAGAUGACUUUGAAGAUGAUGUUAUUUUCAUCGCCUCUAAACCAGCAAAUUCUUCUACUGAACUGAUCAUUAAUUUGCCAGAGCAAACAGAGGGAGAUGAUGAUAAAGAAGUUCUUGAGCCAGAAAUAACUUCUUCAGAGCUGGGAGAACAAGCUGGAAUCUUGGAAGAUGCAGAAAUAAAGUGGCCCUCAGUUCCUGAGAACAGAAUUUCAGAAUCAAAUCACUUACGCUCCUUUCAAGUUGCUGAUGAAUCGCCGUCUCUGUCAAAUCUUGAAAAGGAAAUUUUCACUCAAGAGUACCAGCUACCUAUUUUGGAUGAAGAAAAGCAGCUAUCCAUUGAAACUUCUAUGCCUAGAAUUGAGCUAACAGUUGAAGACAAUGAAGCUUUGAUCGGUAGACUUGAUGACAGAAAAAGUCUUGCUCCUGUUGCAUCAGAAAACAGGCUUGAAGAGGAGAAGCCAUUAAAUUUAAAUGAAGCUUAUAAAACAGAAAUUGUUGUGCUAGAAGAACAUGAUUUACCUGAAGAAAAAUCAUCAAAUUCUAGCAGCCCUCUUGAAAUUCAAGAAGUUCAUGUGUUUGAACACGAAAGAGUUGAAGCACAAGGUUCAGAAGAGGCUGGGACACUUACAUUCAAUGAACUGUAUCCGUCAGGGACCCUUAAGCUUCAGUACAACUUUGAUUCUAUUGAACAACAAUUCACUUGUGACUUACCUGAUGCUAAAGAUGCUGACUGUGAGAUGGCCGAAGUGGAUGGAGAGCUUUUUGUAGCUCAGAGCAAUUUUACCUUGAUAUUGGAAGGAGAAGAAGAAAUUGAGACAGGAAACCCAUCAGAUUCAGUUGUGCAUGCUAAGGAGGCUCACAUAGGACCUGAGGAAGAACAAGUGCCUAAUGAAGAAAUUGGUCAUCAGGGGUGUGCAACAGGUUUGGCAACUAUGAUAACAAGUGAUCAGGAAUCUCAGGACAUCGUGGAGGCCUUUCCUUACGUGCCUGAACCAAUUAAAGUGGCUAUUGCCGAAAAUUUACUAGAUGCAAUAAAGGACACAAGAAGUAAAGAUUUCACUUUGGUUCCGGUGGAACAAUCCAUUCAGGAAAGCAUUCCUUUAACUACUCAGAAAGAAAUGAGUCCUGAUAAGUCCCUGAAAGCUGCACUGAAAACUGAUCAAGAAACCAGUACAGUCAUAACAAAUGACAACCAAAUUGAUAUUAGGUUAACACGCUCAAGAGGAAAAAACACCCCAAAUCUGGCUACCAAAUUGGCGCCAGAUGUCACAUCUGAGAUUCUGGAGCUCUCUGCUGUUCGGAGAAGUGCCAGGAAAAAAAAAGAAAAUGCUAAGGUUGCUGAUGGUGAGGUUCCAAUCGAAGGCGUGGUAUCCCAAGACCAAGAAGUACCUCAGAUCUCUACUCCUAGAAGAGGUAGGAAAAAAAAAGUUAAUAUAGAAACCUCAGAAGCACCUCAUCCUGUCGAAGGAGAAUUGCAGGUCACUCUUACUCCAAGGAGAGGAUUAAGAAGGACUAAUGCAUCUCAACCUUCUGGGCUAUCUGACAAAGAAACUCCUCUUAAUACCAAAAGUGUAACACUUCCAUCUACCACAAAACGGACACCCAGAAGAACUAAAAUGCCGGUGAAAGAUUCAGAAAAUGUUUCAGUUGAUCCCAAGGUAAAAUUGCCAGCCAGUUCCAGUAGAAGGACAAGAAAAUUGAGUGACACUUGUUUUGACCUUUCUGAAAACGUCCUUCACAAUCAGGGCGGAGAGACCAGUGAACCCCAGUUGCCUGUCAAAGUUAGGAGAGGAGCCAGGAGGAGAGAGAAUAGUGUGUCAGAAAUUACUGACAAAUCAAACCCUGAUUUAUCCCAGCUGACCCUUGUUCAAGCAGAACAUCAGACACCUGUCACACCCAAGAGGCAAGGUAGGCGGAGAGCAGCGAACCUACCUGAUGAUACAACACCUAAGCUUAUUCAGGAAGCUGGGAGUCCCAAGGAGAAGAAAAUGCCUGACAUCCGUAGAUCUACAAGAAAUACACCUAGUAAAACAGAUAGCAUGGAUAUUGGAAAGCUACCUUUAGAAAGUACUCUUGGAUUGCCUGAUGGACUGUCUACAGUGAGGAGUUCUAAGAGGAGAUUUACAAAAACAAAGGAAAACCAAAGCAGGACAGGCCAACUACCUUCAGUAUCAGAAGAGAGCACAGAUGAAGAAAUUCUACGCUGUGAACAAGAGAAUAAAGAAGGACUGCAUGCUAUAGGUGGUUUGAAUAAAUCUUCUCGUGUUACAAGGACUAGAGCCAGAAAAACCAACGUGAUUCAGGAACUUUCUGAACCAGAAAUGGAGUCUUUUUCAUUUGCUACUCCUCUAUCCAAAGUUACAAGGAAGACAAAAGGGCUGGAAGAUCCAGGAAUGGAAAAAUCAGGAGCACAAGUGAAUGGGCACAAAGCAAGUCUGAUUUCUGGAGAGGGUGGCAAGAAGGAGUUCAGGCAUGAUGGCAAUCUGGAGGCCUUAAAUGCAGAUGGUUCGCCUAAAUUAGUGUUUCCUGUAAUGAGCAAAUAUCUCAUUUUAUGAAUUCCAGUGUAUCACUGGGGAAACCAUGGCCAAGCGUAAUGUUUUAUUCAAGUUAUGUAUGUGUGGAAAUCAUCACACCUAGAGUGUUUAAUAUAUUUUGACUAGCCAGAAAUAAGUUGUUUUGGAAUCACCCAAGCCAAAUAAGUUUCCCUGAUUAAUAACUUUGUUAGAGAAGACCUUUUCAGUAAAGAUCUGCACGGAAUUUUGUUUAAUAAAAAGUGGAUUAUAUACAAAGGCAAGAAUUUAAGUUGCUUCAUAUGAUUUCAUUCUUCAAAUCCUAAUGCUGCUAAAUAUUUAGAGUUUAUGAGGGUUUCUUAAGAUAUUUUUCCUUUUGCAUGACUUUUAAAUUUUCAUUUUCUUUAUGGUGAUUUUGCUUGCAUUUAGUUUGUGUCUGGGAAUUUGAAUGCCCAAUUUUUGAUGCUGUUUUACUUUUGUGGUUCACCUGAAAAUAGAAGCUCUGCAACUGUGUCCAUGGGGCUUGCAGUAUAGUCAAGAAUUUGCUUACUUAGGCAUGUAAGUAAAUGCCUUGCUAAAAAAAAGUUUAGUCUUUCAUUUUGGUGAUUUAAAAAUUAAAAUUACAGAAGCAAAUCAUCUUGACACAAAAUAUGUUUUUGGGAAUUAGGCAUCUUCAUAAAGUCUAUGAACAACUCUGAUGUUCACAUUUUGGUUCCAACUUUUGCUUUCCUACUUUG